AUGGCAUAUCAACUGUACAAGAGGAACCAGAAGGCUCCCCAGUCUUCUGCUCCUUCAGCACCUUUGUUGGCUUCUCGUCAACCCACAAACCCUCCAAUCCACCCUCCUCCCGUUCAGCCGCCGCAAUCUGCUGUCGCAAACGCGUCUGGACCUAAGCGCAAGGAGGAGAAAUUUGACCCAUACCCUCAUGUUAUAGCUGAAAAUGCGACUCCACACUCACAUAUCACUGUCGAGAAAGUCAACACGGCGCAUAUACCUUCGUUGACGCGUAUCACGGGCUUACUCCUCCCCAUCCGCUACCCGAACUCGUUCUACACGUCUACAAUAACAGAUCCGGUGAUCGCUUCUCUGUCGCGAGUUGCUAUCUACCAUGAUCACCCUGUUGCAGAAGUUCCCAGGAUUGGCGCUGCUGGAGCAGACAAGGUAAUCGGCGGCAUUCGGUGUCGGCUGGAGAGAAUACGCCAGCCAGCGGACUCGAGCCAGGAAACACAAGUACAGGGUGAAGGAGACACAAAUCUCUAUGUCCAGACCCUACAUCUUCUCUCGCCAUAUCGAGGCCAUGGUGUUGCAGCAUCACUCUUGAACGCGCUUCUUUUCGCGUCGCCGCCAGACUCGAACAACAAAGAGCUAUACCGGGUUUCUGAGCUUGUCAAGCACUAUAACAUUCGCUCUGUGACGGCGCAUGUACAUGAAGCAAAUGAAGAUGCCAUGAACUGGUAUCUUGCGCGUGGUUUUAAGGUUGAUGGCCAUGUUGCCGAAUACUAUCGUCGAUUGAAGCCCUCUGGCGCGACGGUUGUUCGCCUAGACUUGCAGUGGGACAAAGGUACCGCGGAAAAAGCUUCUCUGGAAGAACCAAGUCCCCAAAAAGAGUCUCACGAUAAUCUUGAGGACGAGGACGAGGACUGGGAGAAGGUUGAGGCAGAGGAUGGUGAUGAAGGUGACCAUGGCAUCCAGCUCUUGAGUGAGUCGCGUGUCCUUGAGAAGCAUGAGACGCCCUCACGCAAGCGCAAGGCUGAAGAAGAAACUCAUCUUCAUCGAGACGAGUGA